AUGAUCGUUAACGGUGCAUCUGAUCCAAUUCUUUGUCGAUGUUUUCCAUCUUUUUUAGAUGGUCCUGCACUUGACUGGUUUUGCUCUUUGCCUGCAGAUUCGAUAUCCCGUUUUCAGGAGUUGGCUGCCCAGUUUGAAGACCAUUUUGCAGCAUCCGCAAUAUAUCUCCACGAUUCUAAUUAUUUGACGACCAUAAAGCAGGGAGCACAAGAAAGCCUGAAGGACUAUAUCACCCGCUUUACAAAGGUCGCCAUGAGGAUCCCCGACCUCCAUCCAGAAGUUCAUCUACACGCCAUAAAAAGCGGCCUUCGCCCCGGCAAAUUUCAGGAAACCAUCGCUGUGACAAAGCCAAAAACUCUAGCCGAGUUUCGUGAAAAGGCCAAAGGUCAGAUCGACGUCGAAGAACUCAGAUAA